AAUGGCGUCAGCAGUCGAACACGAACACGAACACUAAGGAAUUUUUCAGUGGUGUCUGUGUCUGUGAAUUAAUAUUGGGGGUAAAAAAACUGUGUGCGUUUAUUUUGUUUAUAAAUUUAAUUGCAAAUACGGCACAUAAAUACACAGCGCGUACACACACCUACACAUACAAAUUCAAAAGUGCGCUUAUCAAUGAAUUGAAUUAAAUUUGAGGCAGCAGCAGCAGCAAGAAGCACGCCAACGCCAACGAAGUGAAUUUUUCGAGGGAACGGAAAAAAAUGGCGCCCGCCUCAGCCACAGAAGCAAGUUGACUUUCUUUUCGGUGUGUGUAGUUCGUCGCCGUACUCGUUGUUCGUUUUCGUCGCAUAUUUGUCGCGAUCAAAAAUAGUGAAAAAGAGAGAAAUAUUGCAAAUUGCAUCCAAAACGCGACGUUGACGUACAGCAGGAGGCUAGUAUUUUGUACGUGAUUUUGUAUAACUACAUACAUAUACAUAUAAUACAAAUACAAGCAACAGAAAAGUGCAAUUACAUUUGCGUUUGGAAAUUUUGCGCUUUUUUCUCUUUCGCCUCCCCCUUUUUCUGCUUUGCUUCAUUUAUAAUGUGCGCUGCACAGAGCAAUCCGCCGCCCUUCGGCUACACUUGGGGUUUUACAGACAACGGCAGCCGUGCCGCAGAAUCAGUUUUGGAGAUAUCGCCAAAUAUUAACUACACUGUCAGUGGGGAAUCGAUGCCCUAUCUGUUAUCCACGGAUGGAUCAUUGGCCGUACAAAAGGAUGUUAAAGGUGCACUCGCCAGCAAUAAGGGCAAUGUCGUUCGUCGCAUGUUCGUGGUGAACGAUUCCUCGUUUGCGCCCGGAACACAAAGAGUAAUUACCACAGGCGCCGCGUCGACGGUGGUCAAAAAACAGGACUCUGGUCAACAGGUGUUGAGCAUAAAUUCGCUCGAUAAGAACUAUCUUUUGGUCGAUCAGGCAACAGCGGCAGCAGCUGCGGCUGCGGCAGCAGGUGGAGGUGAUCCGACGACUGCUGCACACCAUCAUGCAUUGACAAAUGGCAGCAUUGUUGACACAAAAACUGGACAAACGGUAUUAACCACUUCGAGUGCCGCCGCUGCGGCCAAGUCGCAUUUUGGCUCAAUUGGACCAUUGCAUCUCACCCAAGAGGAAUGCAAUGAGAUCCUAAUCAAGCGCGCCAUUGCAGCCGGUCACGGCCACCAUCAGACGCACACACUCACCGCUGGCGACGGAGCCCACCACCAUCAUCAUUCGACGGCGCCGGGCGCGACACCAAGUUAUUGUUCCGUUGGCGGUGCAACAACACUCUUAGGUGACAUACUUCCUGGUAUUUCAGUUCAAGUACAGAAAGUAAUACAAGGACUCGAAGAGAACGAGGACUCGCAGGGCGACGCACCCAACUUAAAGUUGGAGCCAGGCACAUUAGAAUUGUCCCCAAAGACCGAACUACAGGAAUCAAUGCAUUUCAGCGAAACCGACGCCACCAUCAAAAAGGAGCGCCCGUACAGUUGUGACGAGUGCGGUAAAUCCUUUCUGCUCAAACAUCAUUUGACAACACACGCACGCGUGCACACAGGUGGCGAACGACCACAUAUUUGCACCCAUUGCGGCAAAAGUUUUGCGCACAAGCACUGUUUGAAUACGCAUCUACUGCUUCACUCAACUGAUCGGCCAUAUCAGUGUCAGGAGUGCAAGAAGAGCUUUACGCUUAAGCAUCAUCUAUUGACGCAUUCGCGCGUCCACAGCCGGGAACGGCCAUUUGUUUGCCAGGAGUGCGGACGUGCAUUUCCCCUCAAACGUCAUCUGGUUACGCACAGUAAAUUUCACGCCGGCGAACGUCCCUACGUCUGCGAGGAAUGCGGUGAGAGUUUCGCACAGGAGAAUCACCUGAUUAUGCACUCGCGUUUUCAUGGUUCAUUGAAUCCAUUUGUUUGCGCUGAUUGCGGAGCCUCGUUUCCACGAAAGUUUCAAUUGGUUAAUCACGGUCGCAUACACGGCAAGAUACCACACUCCUGCACAGUUUGUGGCAAAGAAUUUCUACAGAAGCGCACACUAGUUUCCCACAUGAGGCGCGUACACACAGGCGAGCAGGCGCAUCCCUGCGUUAGCUGCGGCGAAGGUUUCCUCACCAAAGCAGAGCUGCAUCAGCAUGUGCGUGCAGCGCACAAUGGUGUUAAUCCCAAUACGAGCAGCGCUACCAUCAUAGCCAAUCAGCAGCAGCUUCAACAGCCACAUCAUCAUCCUGGACAUCCACAGACGAUCACCGUUGUCAGCAAUCCAGCUAAUUCAACGCUGCUCACCGUCUCCACAACCGAUGCGAAUGGUGUAACGCGUCCACAGUUCGUUUGCCGUGAAUGUGGCAGUGCGUUUAAUAGUCGCGAGGCGCUCGCCUUGCACUUGCGACUGCAUACGGGCGACAAGAGUUUGAUGACCGAUCUGUGCGCCUUGACAGCAGCGCUGCCUGGUCACUUCUUGAGCACUGCUAGCCUUAAUCCGGGUACUGUGGUCACGGCCAACCCAAAUCUGGUGGGACAGAGUCCGGUGCCGGUGCAAAUCAUAUCAUCAACCGGUCAGGUGAUGUCACAGACCACGCUGGUGCAGGCCGCCAAUUCGACCCAUCCGCAAGCCGUUGUCACAGCUGUGCCCACAAUGCCCGUGCACGGGCAACAGCAUCUGCAGCACGUCCAGCAACAGCAGCAGCAACAUGUUGUCACCGUGUCGCCGGCCAACAAGCCUAAAUCGCAUUUCUGCGCCAGCUGCGGCAAAGGAUUCGCUGCCAAGCACGGUCUAAUGCAGCACAAUCGACGACAUCCAAACGGGGGCUGCACGGUUCGCACUCAUGUUUGCGAAUGUGGAAAGGCGUUCUUCCAAAAGAAUCAUCUGAUGCUGCAUCAGCGCCAGCAUUUGGAAACAAAGCCAGCCAUAUCGCAGCAACAGGAGGCCGACGUGCAACAGCAGCAACAAGCAGCAGCUGCAGCCGCAGCCGCCGCCGCUGCUGGCCAACAACCUGCUCAGGUGGAGGUGCAAAUCGUAUCCAGUGGCCAUGGCCAUGGCAAAGUCAUCAAAUACGAGAUCUGUCGCAACGUGUUGCAGGAGGAGCAACAACAGCAGCAGCAGCAGCAGCAACAACAACAACAACAGGGCUCCAUGCAUGCAGAGUAAACUAAAAGAGAGAGAGAAAGUAAGGGGCGGAGCAGCAAGCGAGAAGAAGAGAACGAGAGUUGAUAACAUUAUGAUGAGCAUUUCUGAUGUAACUAUUUGUAAAUAUACAAAGCCAAUUUGUGCAAUUGCAAUUGCGAGGCAAAGGCGAAGGCGAAGGCGAAGGCUUGCUCCCGCUCUCAAAAGAAACACACAUACACACACACAUAUACAUAUGUACACCCACCCACGCACACCAGCAAACUUAUAAAUAGAUAUAUAAAAUAUGAACAGGGCAGCUUUGCAAGCCACACACAUACACACGCAACAGCUAAAAGUGAAUAUAAGAGAAGAGAUCCUUGUGCGUAUAUAAGAGUUAAGCGAUUCCCUUAGUUGUAUUACUUUAGUUAUCAAUUAGCUAUUAAUUAAAUAGACAACUAGCUACAUAUAUAAACAUAUAUAUAUAUACACCCACACACACACAUACAAUUGUAACUGUAAUUAGUAACUAUACUGUUAUAAUUUCUUUGUGAUGUAUUGGUCGCAUCUAAAACAAGAACCUCGUCUAAGUUGCAAAAGUUUUUACCUAAUUACUUUUUAAUUGAAACAUUUUAAAAACGAACACACACACA